AUGGCAUCGCUCCGGAGGCUGGCGCUGCAUGCCUCUGCACUGAGCGAUGCAGAGUACGAGCUAUAUACCUCGAGCUUAAAGGACAUCGCGCUUGGAGAUGAAGAUGAAGAUGAACAGGGUGGCAAUAGCAAAGCUGUGGGUGGGAGUGGGAAGAGCAAAGGUGGAGCUGCACGGACAGGAGGCGUGGGGCAUGGCCCUGGCCAGGGAAACGAGGGCGACUCGGAUGCAUAUUUUGAGGAUAUGAAGAUCGGCGUGCGGGAAGUACGAGCGUGGCUGAGGGGAAGAUAUUCCCAUGUGCCCUCCUCGGCUAUAGAUAAGAUUCUCAGACUGUUCUCCCCAACCAUCGCGCACGGGGACGUGCUGUCUGGAUCCGAGUUCUUUGCAGCGCUCAGGCUAGUCGUGCACGCCGAGAACGGCCAAGACGUCGAACGGUCUCUAGCCUUCGUCCAGGCCGUUCCACUACCCCGUGUAUCUCCAGGAGCCGUUCCAGUAUCAGUAGCAGGAACGACAGCAAGCACGACGCACACCACCCCCUCUACAUCCCGUACAUCCUCACCGUCGAAACGCCAUGCCGACCUUCCUCCACCUCCUCCCCCUCCUUCACGACGGCCAACUUCUACUUCCGCAACAGCGACAAUGACGGCGUCUGGAUCAUCACAUAACCCAUUUGCGCAGGCGAAUCAGCACUCAUCGCAUUCGCACCCACAGCCACCCCUACACCCUUCGCAACGCUCCGAGUCGUCCAAGUCCACCCCAUCAGCCGCAGUAGCAGCAUCGACCUCACAACAGCAACAACAUGCAACACACAACCCAUUUGUAUCUCAUCACCGACCCCCGCCCCCUUCUGCACCUCUCCCACAAACAGAAACACACUCGCAGUUCCAAUCGCAGCAACAGCAACCGCCCGUUAAAUCUACACGGUCGGACGAUGGCAGGAUCCCGCCAUUGCCGCCGCGAAAACCUCCACCUCCACCUCCACCUCUUCCACAAACGCAGGGACAAGGCGCGCUGACGAGCACAGGAUCACAUAUCGUGCCACUUGUGCCCCCACCGCAGCACGUUUCCUCUCGAAAUCGGGAGCGCGUUGAGCGUUCGAUAUCGCCGGCGAAAGUGGGUAUCGCGCGCCCUGUGCCGCACCCACCGUUAACGCAGCCGCAGCCGCUCGGACUGUCGUCGCAUGUGACUUCGACGCUGAUGAAGCAGAGUUUGCACGCGUCCAAGGUAGCGCAGACGAUGAAGAAGGCUGAAGAGAUGCUUGAGAAGGAGCGGGUGAUGCAGGUAUUGAAGAGAAGCGGCGGCGGGAGUGGUAACGCACAUCAACCCAACCAGUACCAGCAACUGCGGAGCGAAUCACCGGCAAAGAUGUACGCCUCCUCUGCUUCAGCGUCUUCCAAUGAUGAGAGGGACAGGGAGCGAGGACGUGAGCGGCAGGCUCCGCCUCUACCCCGGAGAAGAACACAAACUCAGACUCAGGCACAGUAUGUCUAUCCUGACGAAGGUAAAGACAAGGCUGGGAGACAAAGACAGAGGGACUUGGUCCCUCCACCACCUUCCCCGCCGAUGUCUGCGAGCUCGAUGGAGCAGGUUGCAUUGGCGCAUGUGAAUCCGCGCGCGCACCAUUCGCAGUCUCUUUCGGACCCCUUUGGAGUGAAUAAUCCCGGUGCUAAUUCGGGAGUGAGCCCAUUUCGAUCCCCUGCGGACCCCCUCCCUUCACGCCUACAGCAACAGCAGCAGCAGCAUUCGACACUGAACACAGACCAUGACGCUCCACACUCCCCUUUAUCUGAAAGAGUUACCGAGAAAGAGAAGGAGAGAGGGAGGGAGGGGUUGUAUUCAAGAUACUCGACUCCCUCUGGCUCAUCGUCGACAUCAAGCUCUCGGGCAGGAUCGCGUGUGCGAGGUCAAGUGCGGAGUAUGAGUAUGAGCAUGGGUGUUGGCGUUAGCGCUAAUCACGGCUCCAUCGACAGUCAGCACCAGUCUCAGCAGCAAUAUCCGCCUCCUACACACCCAGAUAGGAAACCCCCAGCACAUCUGGGACAUGACAUGGCGCCGGGAUCAAGCGCGAGCUCGAGUCCAAGUCCGAAUGGGAUGGCGAGCUACCCGCGCGUGUUCAGAUCGCGGUCGAUGCACCAGACAAGUCCAAGCGCGAGUCCAGGGAAAGGGUCUGCGUCUGGAACAACGACAGGAAGCGGACCUGGAACUGGAGCCGCGUCUUCGCCAGCACCCCCGCCGCCCGUGCGUCGACGCCGUCCGGAGAGCGUACAGGUUCUUCCUGGCUCUUCGUCGAAUUUGAAUUUGUAUCAGGCGUACCAGCAGUACCAGCCCCCGCCACCGCAUCCACCGUCGCCGAAUAAAUUGGGGUUUGGGCUUGGCCGACAUGCUACGGUGAGUUCGAGCAGUCCCGCGGCGGGGAGGAGAAGGUCGUCUCUGAGCACGGCUGUUCCAACGGGUCCGUGGGGGCGUGAUGGGGAGCGUGACACGGACAGAGGCGGUGAUGAAUACGGAUACGACACGCAUUCCACCCCUGGUGCUCUGCAUGCUGCAAACGCCAAUACAAACGCCAAUACAAACGCGACAGACUCCCCACUGUCGACGAUCCGCCGCUCAAUAGAGCCUAUCUUGGAUAACUUGAACAACCUUAACCGGAGCAUCGCGGCCGAUUUUGACCGUGCGCGCUAUAAAGCUGAAGCCGGGCUCUCGCGCCGCGGGUUCGUGCGUGAUGGUGCCGUUGGUCAUGUUCAUGUAGGAAAGAGGGGCGAAGAGGAAAGGGAAGAGGAAGAGGGGUUAAUGCGUGCUCCUGUUGGUGCCGGUGCAGAGCGCGGACGUGGAAGGGAUAGAGGGAGAGUCGGGAGAGGGCAUCCAGUUGCAGGUGAUAACGAUGAUGGUCGACCAGGAAUGGAUGUGGAUAGUCCCUCUGUUGAUGGCAGCAGUGGCCAGGAGGGGGAUGGCUCGGAGGAGGGAGACGAGUCUGAGCGGUGGAGGAAGAGUCGUGGGAUGGGGCUUGGAGUCGGCAAGGUGCCAUCUAGAAAUGUGUUUGAGAAGCGGCAGGAGCUUUUGGAGAAGGAUAAUCUGAAGUGGCCUGCUGGAGAGGGGUGGAAACCAUUGUAA